GUCGCUCCUUGUUCAUCAACCUCGAGUUGAUCUAAAUUACUCAGUCGUAGUGAUGGAAGACACCACCUUUCCCGCCGGGAUCACCGACAUGGAGGUUGGCGGAGUCGUCUUCGGCGCGUGCGCGACGCCUCCACACUCAUCAAAGAUCCUCUUCCUCGGUGGUGCCGGUGCGUGCCUGAGCUCUGUUUCCUAGCAUGGGCAGUGUCCGGUAAAUAGAUCUGGAGCUCAGAGUCCACCGUUGACUGCUCGACGUUUCUUCCACCUGUCUCAAGCCCUCUCGUUUCCACCCACGCCGUCGAUCACCCGCUGGCACCACCGGCGACAUGGAUCCCCUCCGCCUACUCCUCCCCCGCACCCAGGCCCAGCCCUUGCUUCCGCUCCCCGCUGGCGUCCCAGCGCCGAGCGUCAGGCCCCGCCUCGUCCCGCGGCGACGGGCGCGCCGCCACCGCAACGGGGCCGCGCGGAUGCUGCCGGCGUCGGCCGUGGCGUCCGAGUCGCCGUGGACGGAGCAGGAGCCGGCGUCUCGGAAGAAGGAGGAGCAGUUCGACUGGCUGGACCAGUGGUACCCCUUCGCCCCCGUGGAGGACCUGGACCCCGGCGCGCCGCACGGCAAGAUGGUGCUGGGGAUCCGCGUGGUGGCCUGGUACGACCGCGGCGCCGGCGAGUGGCGCGUGUUCGACGAUGCGUGCCCGCACCGCCUGGCGCCGCUCUCGGAGGGCCGCAUCGACGACAAGGGCCGGCUCCAAUGCGUGUACCACGGGUGGUGCUUCGACGGCUGCGGCGCCUGCAAGUUCAUCCCCCAGGUCCCCGCGCUCGGCCCGCCAGUGCACACCAACAGCAAGGCGUGCGUUGCGUCCUACCCGUGCGUGGUGCAGAACAAGAUCCUGUGGUUCUACCCACGCACCGGGCCGGAGCACAGGGACGUGCUUCAGAGGAAGCCGCCGCCGUUCAUCCCGGAGAUCGACGACCCCACCUUCGUCACCUCCUUACUAGUCAGGGACAUGCCCUACGGGUAAGUCUACCGCGCGCAGCUCCAUCGUGUUCCUUUACCGAGAGGUUGUCUUUCCUUCUCUUUACCGAGAGAGGGGCUAGGCCACGGUCAACAACUACUUCUUCUCAUGUUUUUUCCAUUACACUCUUUAAAGUUCUCUAUCGGUGCCGUUC